CGGCGAGCGUCGUGUUUUGUGUUAGUGUUCGCGAGGGUUCGACCGUGUGAGUGUAUCGUGUCGUUCGUUCGUGUGCUGUGUUUCCCUGUGUUGAUGUGUAGUGUAUCUUGAGUACAGGAAUACACCCUGCCUACCCGGGUGGACGGAUGCAGCAGCACUAGCAGUGCGAGGAUGUGGCCCUUGUUGUGGCUGUGUGCGGGGCUGUGCGCCUCCGCCGCCGCCGCCACAGCACGUCGCUCUGUGGACGUCAUACCUCACGACAUCCAUCCAGGAUACAGCAUCAAGAAGUUCUGCAGCGACCAGUCGCUCAACUAUAGACUGCUGGAGACCGGCUUCUCCCAGUUCUUCACCGUGUUAGAAGACGGUUUAGUGAUGACCACAGCGGACUUGAGUCCUCUAGUGAACAGACCUGUGAACCUAGUGGUCCUGGAAGAGACGCCCAACGCGACGGCGACGCACACGUUGCAGCUGUACGUGCUGGACAGACGGGACAUGCUGAGGUUCCCUCAGGACGUGUACGAGGGCGUGACGGUGCGGGAGAACGCGCCGGCGGGCACCGCGGUGACGGGCCUACCUGUGCUGACGGUGAAGGGCGGCGGCGCGGGCGGUCUGCCUAUCAAGUAUACGAUCGUCGCGGGAAAUACCGACAACGCGUUCGCAAUGAAAAACGUAGAGUAUACGAACAGUUCUGUCGGUGGAGUGACGUUGGUGACGAAGAAACCUCUCGACCGUGAGAGCAUCGCCGCGUACACGCUCACUAUCCAGGCGAGUGACGGGAAAGAUAUCGACAAAGCUGUGACCAAAGUGCAAGUGAACGUGGAGGACGAGAACGACAACAGUCCGGUGUUCAGUCAGAGGGUCUACAGGUUCAGUGUGAGCGGACUGAGGAACCUGGCUGCCAACGGAACGGAGUGGAAGAGGUUCGCCGCUGUAGGGAGAGUGUCGGCGACGGACGCGGACGGUGACAGAGUGGCGUAUCGUCUGGCGGUGCCCAGCGACCUGGUGGUGAUAGUUCCGCAGACAGGAGACCUGCUGCUGGCCGGGGAGCCUCCAGAGUCCGCAGCCCAGGAGGGGUUCGAGUGUGAGCUGACAGUGGAGGCCCACGACCUGAGAACGCCCAACAGAGUGUCCCAAGCACCCGCGCAGGUCUGGCUGGAACUGAACCCCUACGACGAGGACCUGCAGAGCCUAGACUCUCCCCACAGGAUAUCCAAGAGACGAGUGACCCGCGCAGUCAGACCCACUAAGAGGAUCGAGUUCACGGAGGCCGACGGUGAACAGGAAGGCAGAAUAGUGUUUCAACUGGAGAAAGAAACCGAGAGAGAAACGUUCAAGAUUCGAGAUGAAAACCCGUGGGUGACCGUAGAACCGAACGGUGCUGUUAGGGUGAAGAAGAAGUGGGACUACGAGGAGCUGGGACCUGAGAAAACCAUCGACUUCUGGGUGACGAUCACCAAUGCUGCGUCAGGAGGUUAUUGGCGUAACUACAACUACGCUGAGCGUCAGUCCACUCGUCAUUUUCACACAGACAACCAGAGAGUCAUCAUCCACGUCAAGGAUGUCAAUGAUGAGCCUCCGUACUUCAUCAAUCGUCCGCUGCCCAUGCAGGCGGUGGUGCAGCUCAAUGCUCCUCCCAACACUCCUGUCUUCACACUGCAGGCGCGAGAUCCAGACACUGACCACAACAUACACUACUUCAUCGUCCGUGACAGGACUGGUGGAAGGUUUGAGGUAGACGAGAGGUCUGGAGUUGUGCGGACCAGAGGCACCGACCCCUUCCAACUAGACAUGGAGUACGUGCUGUACGUCAAGGCGGAGGAUCAGAACGGACGAGUGGACGAGAGAAGAUACCAGAGCACACCUGAAGAGCGUCUGUCCAUCGUAGGAGGCAAAAGAGCGCCUCAGUUCUACAUGCCGACAUACGAGGCUGAGAUUCCAGAGAACCAGAAGAAGGAUUCAGACAUAAUCUCCGUGAAGGCCAAGUCGUUCGCAGACCGCGAGAUCCGCUAUACUCUGAAGGCCCAAGGUCAAGGAGCCGGUACAUUCAACAUCGGCCCAACCUCGGGUAUCGUCAAGCUGGCCAAGGAAUUGGACUUUGAGGAUCUGCGACAGCCUCAUGUAUACUCUCUGAUCGUCACUGCCACGGAGGACUCUGGCGGAUUCUCUACUUCUGUCGAGCUAACAAUCCGAGUGACCGAUGUGAACGACAACGCUCCAAAGUUUGAACUGCCUGACUACCAGGCUCACAAUGUUGAUGAAGACAUACCUCUCGGAACCUCCAUACUGAAGGUGAAGGCGACCGAUGCUGACUCUGGAACCAACGCAGAGAUACAGUACGAAGUGUCGGACGACCACUUUGCGGUUGACUCCAACGGAAUCGUCAACAACAACAAGCAGCUGGACGCCGACAACAACAACGCUUACUACCAGUUUGUUGUCACUGCUAAGGAUAAGGGAGAGCCCCCCAAGACUGGAACUGCUACUGUUAGAAUAUACACCAAGAAUAAAAAUGACGAAGAACCCAAGUUUUCACAGCAAGUGUAUACACCCAAUGUGGACGAGAAUGCUGGUCCGAACACGUUGGUGACAACUGUCGUAGCAUCAGAUAAAGAUGGAGAUAAUGUUAGGUUUGGAUUUGUUGGAGGGGGUACGUCGUCAGGUCAAUUUGUUAUUGAAGACAUCACCGGUGUGAUUCGUCUGCACGGUAAAGCCAUCUCAUUGGACCGAGACAAGUACGAGUUGAAUGUGACAGCGAUGGAUGAUGGCGAAUGUUGUGUCAACGGACCGGCGACCAUUCACACCAGCACUGCUGUGGUGGUUGUGUUCAUCACUGACGUCAACGAUAACAAACCCAUCUUCAAAGACUGUGGUACCUACUACCCAAAAGUAGAAGAGGGUGCUCAAAACGGAAGCCCAGUUAUCAAGGUACAAGCAACUGAUGAGGAUAAGGGAGUCAAUGGACAGGUCAAAUACUCCAUUGUGCAGCAACCUAACCAGAAGGGCACCAAGUUCACCGUCGAUGAAGAAACAGGCGAGGUUUUGACAAACAAGGUGUUUGAUCGUGAAGGUGACGACGGCAAGUUCGUGUCUGUCACGGUGAAGGCCACAGAUCAAGGAGAUCCAUCCCUGGAAGGUGUUUGCUCCUUCACUGUCGAAAUCACUGAUGUCAAUGACAACCCUCCAUUAUUUGACCGUCAGAAAUACGUAGAGAAUGUAAAGCAAGAUGCCAGCAUUGGUACCAACAUUUUGAGAGUGUCAGCGUCAGAUGAAGACGCUGACAAUAAUGGAGCGAUUGUCUACUCCCUCAGUGCUCCAUACAAUCCUCAAGACCUGGAGUAUUUUGAGAUUCAGCCUGAAUCAGGCUGGAUCGUGCUAAAGAAGCCUCUUGAUCGGGAAAGGUAUCGUCUGCGUGUGAAGGCCUCGGACAAAGGCGAACCUCCGUCGAGCGCCGACGUCGACGUGGAAUUAGACGUUGUUGACCGGAACAAUAAGCCGCCUCUCUGGGACAUGAGCGUUUACGGCCCCAUUCACAUCAAAGAAAAUGUCACAGUGGGUACAGUUGUGACGGCGGUAAAGGCGAGCUCUGGUAUAGAAGGAAAUCCAACAGUUUUCUAUCGCUUGAUGCCCGGAUCUACAGCACAGACCAACAAGUUCCACACGUUCUACCUUCAACAGAGGUCAGACAACGGGUUUACUUGGGCGGAUAUAAAGGUCAACCAUCCACUGGACUAUGAAACUAUAAAGGAAUACAACUUGACGAUACGAGUAGAGAACAACGGAGCCCAGCAACUGGCUUCGGAAGCCACCGUGUAUAUUAUGCUGGAGGACGUAAAUGACGAAAUUCCGUUGUUCACGGAGCGAGAACAAGAAACUGUGUUGGAAGGGGAACCGAUCGGAACGAAGGUUACACAGGUCAAUGCGAUAGACAAGGACGGAACGUUCCCCAACAAUCAGGUUACGUAUUAUGUCGUGGAUUCGCCGCGAAAUGAGGGAAAAGACUUUUUUGAAAUUAAUUUACAAACGGGCGAGAUAUUUACAAAAGUGGUGUUUGAUCGUGAGAAGCAAGGUGCGUACGCUCUGGAGGUGGAGGCCCGAGACAACUUCCCCUCGGCUCGACCUAACAGUGGAGGACAACCUAAUUCAGUGACAAAGUUUAUUCGGAUUGGCAUCGCAGACAAGAAUGACAACCCGCCGUACUUCGACAAGGCCCUGUACGAGGCGGAGGUGGACGAGAACGAAGACAUUCAACACACCGUUCUCACCGUCACCGCCAAAGACCACGACGAGUCCUCGCGUAUUCGAUAUGAGAUCACAAGCGGUAACAUAGGAGGUGCCUUCGCGGUCAAGAACAUGACUGGUGCCAUCUACGUUGCUGGCGCACUUGACUAUGAAACUAGGAAAAGGUACGAGCUACGCUUAGCAGCGUCUGACAAUCUCAAGGAGAACUACACAACUGUGGUGAUCCAUGUGAAGGACGUCAAUGACAACCCUCCUGUGUUCGAGAGGCCGACGUACCGCACACAGAUCACGGAGGAGGAUGACCGGAACCUCCCCAAGCGAGUGCUCCAGGUGACAGCGUCCGACGGAGACAAAGAUCGACCACAGAACAUAGUGUAUUUCCUGACUGGGCAAGGAAUUGACAGCGACAACCCUGCCAACAGCAAGUUUGACAUCAACAAAACUACCGGGGAAAUAUUCGUACUCAAGCCCCUGGAUAGAGAUCAGCCCAAUGGUAGGCCGCAGUGGAGGUUUACAGUGUUUGCACAAGACGAAGGAGGGGAGGGUCUCGUCGGCUACGCAGAUGUUCAAGUUAACCUGAAGGACAUCAACGACAACGCUCCCAUCUUCCCUCAGGGUGUCUACUUUGGCAACGUCACCGAAAAUGGAACCGCAGGUAUGGUGGUGAUGACUAUGACUGCAGUGGACUACGAUGACCCUACUGAGGGAACCAACGCCAGACUCAUAUACUCCAUCGAGAAGAACGUGAUAGAAGAGGAGACGGGGUCACCCAUCUUUGAAAUAGAAUCAGAAACGGGAGUGAUCAAGACGGCAGUGUGUUGUUUGGACCGUGAAAGAACUCCGGAUUAUUCAAUACAAGUGGUCGCGAUGGACGGUGGGGGGUUGAAAGGGACAGGGACGGCAUCGAUACGAGUGAAAGAUAUAAAUGAUAUGCCUCCUAUGUUUACCAAAGACGAGUGGUUUACGGAAGUGGACGAAACUGACGGAACAAACUUACCGGAGACUCCGAUCUUGACGGUUACAGUGCAUGACGAGGACGAGACCAACAAGUUCCAGUACAAAGUUAUUGAAAACAGCGGUUAUGGUGCAGACAAAUUCACAAUGGUCAGAAAUAAUGAUGGCACUGGAUCUUUGAAAAUUGUUCAACCUCUGGAUUACGAAGACCAACUACAAAGCAACGGUUUCCGCUUCAGAAUACAAGUUAAUGACAAGGGUGAAGACAACGACAACGACAAGUACCAUGUUGCCUACUCAUGGGUUGUUGUCAAGCUAAGAGACAUCAACGACAACAAGCCACAGUUCGAGCGACCGAACAUUGAAGUCUCGGUUUACGAGAAUGCUGAGGUCGGCAAAUCUCUGGAAACAUUCAAGGCUAGUGAUCCUGAUCAAGGAGGCAAAAGCAGAGUCUCGUUCGCCAUCGACAGAUCUUCGGACAGGAAGCGACAGUUUUUGAUCAGUCAAGAAGGCACUGUGACGAUACAACGUCAACUUGACAGAGAAGAAACCCCUCGACAUCAGGUGAAGAUCCUGGCCAUUGAUGAUGGGGUUCCGCCCAAGACUGCCACAGCCACCUUGACUGUCAUUGUACAAGACAUCAACGACAACGCUCCCAUGUUCCUGAAGGAAUAUCGUCCAGUCCUACCGGAGCAUGUUCCACCUCGCAAGGUCGUAGAAGUGCUGGCGACAGACGAUGAUGAUCGUAGCAAGUCCAAUGGUCCUCCUUUCACAUUCCGAAUGGAUCCCAACGCAGACGACAUCAUACGAGCCUCUUUCAAAGUGGAACAUGACCAGAAGGGAGCUAACGGAGACGGGAUGGCAGUCGUGUCUUCACUGCGGUCGUUUGAUCGGGAGCAGCAGAAGGAGUAUUUGAUCCCGAUUGUGAUCAAGGACUCCGGUAACCCAGCAAUGUCCGGCACCAGCACUCUUACUGUGAUCAUCGGCGAUGUCAAUGACAAUAAGAUGCAGCCCGGAUCCAAGGAGAUUUUUGUUUACAACUACAUGGGUCAAGCGCCAGACACUGAGAUAGGCAGAGUUUACGUUUACGAUCUUGAUGACUGGGAUCUGCCCGACAAGAAGUUCUACUGGGAAGGACAAGAACAUCCGAGGUUUAAGCUGAACGAAGACUCGGGAAUGAUAACGAUGCGGCAAGGGACUCAGGGGGGUCGGUACCAGUUGAGGUUCAAAGUGUACGAUCGUAAACACACGCAGACUGACAUUCCUGCCAAUGUGACAGUGACUGUGAAAGAGAUUCCUCACGAAGCAGUGGUCAAGUCAGGUUCUGUGAGGUUGGCUGGGAUCACGGAUGAGGACUUCAUCAGAGUAUGGAACUACAGGACACAAAGCAUUGUGAGAAGUAAAGCAGAUAGAUUCAGAGACAAGCUGGCUGAUUUGCUGAACACAGAGCGAGACAACGUUGAUGUGUUCAGUGUACAGUUACGACGUAAACACCCUCCACUCACAGAUGUGCGGUUUUCCGCUCACGGCUCCCCCUACUACAAGCCCGUCAAACUAAAUGGGCUAGUGCUCAUGCACAGGGAAGAGAUCGAGAAGGAUGUCGGAAUCAACAUUACAAUGGUCGGAAUUGACGAGUGCCUUUAUGAGAACCAGAACUGCGAGGGCAGUUGUACCAACACGCUGGAUAUCAGUAAUUUGCCGUACAUGGUGAACGCGAACAAGACAGCGUUGGUGGGUGUGAGAGUGGACGUGAUCGCAGAGUGUACGUGUGGAGCCAGGAACUUCACCAAGGGAGAGUCCUGUAGAAGCAACCCCUGUCACAACGGAGGACGCUGUGUGGAGGGCAGAUACGGACUGACGUGUUCGUGUCCGAGCGGCUACUCAGGUCCAAGGUGUCAGCAGACGGCUCGUAGUUUCAGAGGGAACGGCUGGGCGUGGUAUCCACCGCUGGAAAUGUGUGAUACUUCUCACCUCAGUCUGGAGUUUAUCACCAGGAAGGGUGAUGGUCAGCUGCUCUACAACGGCCCCAUCGUCCCUCCCGAGCCUGAGGAAGCCAUGGUGUCAGAUUAUAUAUCUCUGGAACUCGAGAGAGGGCAACCUCGAUUGUUGAUUGACUUUGGUUCUGGAACUUUAGAACUCAAAGUGAAGACAAAGAAGAGUUUAGAUGACGGAGAAUGGCACAGAAUAGACAUCUUCUGGGACACUGAGAACGUGCGGCUGGUAGUGGAUUAUUGCAAGUCAGCUGAUAUUUCUGAGCUGGAGGAUGGAACGCCCCCAGAGUUUGAUGACUCAAGCUGUCAGGCUCGCGGUACGAUCCCUCCGUUUAACGAGUACCUUAACGUCAACACACCACUACAGCUUGGUGGCAGAUACGUUCAGGAGUUUGAUCCUACUCUGUACCACUGGCAGGCCAUGCCCUAUGGUAAGGGCUUCGAUGGCUGUAUCAGGAAUCUCUUCCACAACAGCAAAUUAUAUGAUCUGGCACAUCCUGGCCUGUCGCGGAACAGUGUGUCUGGAUGUCCACAGACAGACGAAGUGUGUAACAGUCAGGAAGCGACGUUCCGCUGCUGGGAACACGGAGUCUGCGUGGGAAGUCUGUCUGAGGCGAGAUGUCAGUGCCUUCCUGGUUUUACCGGGCCCGCUUGUAACACUCCCACGAUACCGACUACCUUCAAGCCGCAGAGCUACGUCAAGUAUGCACUCAGCUUUGAGCCGGACAGAUUCUCUACCCAGAUACAGCUGAGGUUCCGGACGAGGGAGGAGCACGGAGAACUGUUCAGGGUUAGCGAUCAGCACAACAGAGAGUACGCAAUAUUAGAGAUAAAGGAUAGCAAGCUACACUUCCGCUACAACCUCAACAGCUUGCGAACAGAGGAGAAGGACAUCUGGUUGAGUGCCAUCACUGUAGACGACGGACAGUGGCACGUGGCCAAGGUAUCUCGCUACGGUUCCUCUGCCACACUGGAGCUAGAUGGAGGUGAAGGUCGAAGGUACAACGAGAGUUUCACAUUCGAUGGACACCAGUGGCUCCUAGUGGAUAAACAGGAAGGUGUUUACGCAGGAGGGAAGGCAGAGUACACAGGUGUUCGCACCUUCGAGGUGUACGCUGACUACCAGAAAGGUUGUUUGGACGACAUAAGACUGGAGGGCAAGCACUUGCCGCUUCCUCCCGCCAUGAACGGCACUCAAUGGGGCCAGGCCACCAUGGCUCGGAACUUGGAGAAGAACUGUCCUUCAAACAAACCUUGCGCCAAUGUCAUCUGUCCAGACCCCUUCGAAUGUGUUGACCUGUGGAACGAAUACGAGUGCACCUGUGGGGAGGGGAGGAUAGUCUCACCUGACGGGAAGGGCUGCACAGACAAGAACGAGUGUCUAGACAGCCCUUGCCGCAACGGAGGUGUUUGUAUCAACCAAGACCCGAGACUCAGGUAUCGCUGUGUCUGUCUCGACGGGUUCUGGGGCGAGAACUGUGAGCUGGUACAGGAGGGCCAGACACUCAAGUUGGGGAUGGGGGCUCUCGCUGCCAUUCUCGUCUGUUUACUCACCAUUCUCAUUCUCGUAUUGGUAUUCGUGGUGUACAACCGUCGUAGGGAGGCUCACAUCAAAUACCCUGGACCAGACGAUGACGUCAGAGAGAACAUCAUCAACUACGAUGAUGAAGGCGGUGGAGAGGACGACAUGACAGCGUUCGACAUAACUCCGCUGCAGAUCCCUAUUGGAGGGCCGUUACCGGAGAUGGCACCCAAAUUAGCAUUUCCUCCUCUAGGGCAAGAACCAAAUGUGGGCAUUUUCAUUGAAGAACACAAAAAACGGGCAGAUUGUGAUCCAAACGCUCCGCCAUUUGACGACCUGAGAAACUACGCUUAUGAGGGAGGUGGCAGUACGGCAGGAUCUCUAUCUUCGUUAGCUUCAGGCACCGAUGACGAGCAGCAAGAUUACGAUUACCUCGGUGCUUGGGGCCCGCGGUUUGACAAGUUAGCAGACAUGUACGGACCGGAUGGGGAGAGUGAAGAAGAGGAGGAACAAUAAGCAAGAGACAGAAUAAGAAUCAAAAUGAGAGAAAGAAGAUUGCGCCGCCAGUUCUAGUCACUCCCUCUCAGGACUUUAGUCGUGUAUAUUGUGUUCUUCUUCCGACAUAACUGUAGUGGCACCAUGCACCUACCGUAUUGUAUUUAUACAGGAAACCUUUAGUUAGUCGUACUCAGCUGUUUGUACAAAGUCUGUGUAGCCACCGUAUUUGUAUUUGUGGGAAAUAUGUCUUUGUUAUUAUUAUCGGUAAGUAGAGAUAAUGUAAAUAGAGGUGUGAAGUUUUGAAGACACCUUGGGGUGCUAAGCUAUCGGGAUGUUAAUGAGAAUUACAUUCCAUAUCUAAAUACAGGCAUCAAUCAAAUUUGAGACUUUGAGUUUUCCUCAUGUUGAGGUAGUGCCAUUGUACAUUUGAGGCGGAUGUUUAACUAUUUAUUGAGGCCUAGUCGAAUUAAGAUCGCCGGUCGAGUAAGAUUAUUCGCCUAUUUUUCCACAAAGAUAUUAGGACGAGUGUCUCCCUUGCUCGUAAGUUAUGAUUUAGAAUUAUUUAAUUACGUGUCAUGUUCCUUAGUGAAAUUUUAUUGUGUUUACCUUAGUUUUAAGCUCUCGUUCACCACAAGGUUUUGUACAUGGUUCUAGGUUAAAAUAAUUUAUUUUAUCUUUGCACUCGACACAAUGCAAAGGGUGUUUUUAUUCUAUCUGUAUAAAUUGCUUUAUUAGUUUAAUAGAUUUUUUUUGUGUGAGUGAGUGAAUACAAAUUUUUGGUGACGGAGAAAGGACUACAAACUCCAUUGCCAUUGACUCUGCUCAAAUUACCUGAUAUUACGUUUUACAACUCAGCUGAACUCCUUUGUUUGGUUUAUGCAUCGCAGUAGAUAAAUAUGUCUCACAACCGACGUUUUACGUUUUAAAUUACCGAACAUAUAUACCACAGGACCCCAUCCAACCUAACAUUGUUUGAUGAAAGUGUCAUAUUAUUUAUGUAACUGUGGAACUCAUACAAUCAACAUUUUGUACAUCACUUUGUCAUAUUGAAUCAGACAAUGCACUUGUGUUACUUGGCGUUCUGUGUCAUGUGUCCUGUACUUAUAUUUGUAAGCCACAGUAUCAAAAGUUAUUGGAACAGUUUUGUAUCAGAAAUCAGUGUAAUAUUCAAUAAGUGACGUCAAAGGUUGUCUGAAUUAAAUCUUCAAAUUUAUUUUAUGGAUGUUCUAACUACUUGACGAAUAAAACUGUUUUGUAUUCUAUUUUUAAUACCCGUGACAGUGUUCAUGCGAACAACAAUAUAUGCUAUGGGACUGCUCAAAUGUUCUUUGUAUACAUUACGAUGUAGUGCACCAUUCUUAUUGAGCCUAAGUUAAGCUAGAACAAGCGGUGCGGUGGCUGGUUACACUGCCAUUCCAACAAGCAACCGAGAUAGCAAUAUGGAUCUGACUUUGUCAUUCAUUUCAGUUUCAAAUAACUCAUCGUUCAUUACUCCCUAACAGGUAGUUCUUUGAUUACAACAUCGUGAAGAACAAUAAUGUACAUAUAUUAUUUCAUAAACGUUAGUUCCUACCUUUAAAUUUUAGUUUUAGUAUUUGAUUUUACAUUUACAUUAAUUUUUCACCUCUAUCGGUUACUUUGGCAGUUUUUACACCAAACAUCACAGCAGUCAAAUUUUGAGAAUUAGAUCUCUCACCUACAGAUAGAUAAAACUAUCUUAUUCUUUUAUAAACCGAUUUAAUUUUACGCUUUUGAAACUUUCAGUAAUGACAAUGUACAUACGAUUCUAUUUGGUUUUGAAACUCUGCAUUUAAUGUUAAUUAAACAGUAGUUACUUUUAAUAACUCACAACACCUUGUAAAAACAUGGACUAAAACACAUUUUUAAAAUAAUUAUAGGUGUAAGUGUACAUAAUUUUAACAAUGACUAUUUUGUGCAUUGUUUUUGAAGUUGAUGUUUUUUAUCUGCAUUUAAUCUGUUUGUACAUGCAUUAUUAUAUGAAAACGCAACCGAUCGAAAGCUAGAGCAAACAUAGAGUAUAUUGUUGUGUUAUGGCAUUAGAGUUACCCCUUGUAUAGUUUUCAGUUAUACAUUGACUGCCUAACCAUAGAGACUGAAUUCCCUGUUUGUUUUUGUUGAUGAACAGUUUCGUUUGAUAUGUUUGCUGCUGCAUUUUUUAUUUAAUAUUACUUAAUCCUAUGUCAUUGUUACGUGCAGCAUUCCUAGGUGUACUCAUUACAAAUUAGGACACUGAUAUUAUUUAUUUUUAUAUUAAGUAUGAGUGUGUUUGGUUCGUACUUUGUGUGUUUUGUACAAUUAUUUUUACGUUCAGCUGUGAUUUACCCCUCUAGCUGUAUAGUUUCGACAUUGAAAAAUAAUAAUAAAUUCUCACACCUACUGAA